AUGCUGGGAUUGCCUCACGCCGCGUGGUUCUUCGUCGGGAUCGAGGCCUUGAGUCUGGCUGGUGACCAAAUUGACGCACCGAAGAAAGUCAUCCCAGUCGCGCAGCUCACGUGCAUCUUGUCGGUAUUCGCGACUGGAGUCAUGGUGGUCUUUGUGACGGUAUCGCUGACUCCGGGGUUGACAGAGUUGCCGAGCAACUUGAUCCCGUUCGACCUCGGGUUCACGCAGAUGUUCAACGUGUCGAGGCGAUACACUGCGUUCCUCUCGCUACCGGCAAUCUUCGCCACAGCGUUCGGGUUUACGUGGGUGUACGGCAAAGUCAUCGCAGCAAUGUCAACAUCGAAGCUUCUGCUUCCCUUCUGCGCCAAAACCACCGCUAAAAGCAACACACCGUACAACGCGCUGCUCCUCGGAUCCGCGUGGAGCUACGCGCUCUGCCUUCUCGUCUACGUCGUACCUCAAGUCGGUGAGAGUUUCACAGGAGUCUGCAUGCUCUCCGCUGCCAUGUCGUACUCUGGACAAUGCGUCGGCUACAUCGCGCUCAAGCGGAACUACAAAAACAUCAAAAGCUCCGAGUUCCGCAGUCCGUUCGGGAUCGCCGGAGCCUUCUGCUCCUUGCUGGUGUGGAUCCUCAUGGCCGUCUCGCUACUGACGAUCCACGACGACGGGGGCAUUGACGCCAUGGGCUUCACGAUCGUCGUGAUUCUCUUCACGGUCUUCUACUUCUGCUACGCUCGCAAGCGCCAGACUUUUUCUCCGCAGGAAAACAAAAUCAUGUUAGUGGCUCACGUGACGAAAUUUAACAUCAAGAAGGUGGCGAGCCGACAGAACCGACACCAGAAGAAUGGCAGUGGCAGCAGCAGCAACACGGCAGCGGGGGCGGAGACGUCUCUGAGUGAAAGAGCGAAGAACGUAGUGAAGAGCCGAUUUCCCAAGAAGUCCUCGGGGUCGACCCGAAUGGUGUCGGUGGCUCCGUUCUCCACGAGAUCAACGGGCUCCGGCAAACUCUUCUCAGGGAAUGCGAAGGCGCUGAAGACGUAG